UCGCACAGCAAGACGAACCCAAACCGUGGCUGCCUUUUUUUUUCUAUGACACACCAAAUUUAUGCCCAGCUAGAUUCAGUGGAAUCGCUCCUGGACGAUCUCCCCUAUAUGUUUUAUCUGGGCCUGUUCUUCGUGAACGUCCUGAUCCUCUACUAUGCCUUCCUGAUGGAGUACAUCGUCCUGAACGUGGGGAUAGUGUUCCUGCCCGAGGACAUGGACCAGGCGCUGGUGGACCUCGGGGUGCUGUCCGACCCGGCCUCUGUCCCCUACGACACGGACACGGAGCUGGAUGUGUUCGAGGGAUACCUGGAGUGACGGGGUGGUCCUGGAGGAGGUCGUCAUCGUGGUGGUCCUGAUGCAGAGGACCAGACUGAACUCUUCCUGUUCAAUGAUGUGCAGAACAAAUCUGAUGCUGCCUUUGCCUUUGUCUCACACAGACACAUCAGUUAAGAAGUUGUCUCGGCUCAAAAGAAGGUAGCCAGAGGAAGAGAUUAUCUGGCUGUAUCAUGACUGUCCCGAGGAAAGACCACUCUGCACCAGAUCAGCUGCCAGUCGGUCUGUGGCCAUUCUAAAAACAAUCAAAACUAGCUGGACAUCAAGGAGUUCACGUUGGAAUCGGUGUCCUUCGAUGUGGACACAGUGAAAGAUGAUACGGUAGCAGAAUGUGCUGCAGGUUGAGAGAGACAACAUUUCCCUGUCACACAAAACUGAAUGUUCAUCUGAAAUGUGGAGCAUGAUUCAGGUUGGCUGUGUCGCUGCCAGUCCAGAUCCAGCAGCCCGGCAUUUACACCCAACACUUAUCCAGGCUGUGCAAGGUGUGGUGGCUGACUGCAGAAGGAAAUAAUUAGAAACACUUGCCACCAAAGUCACAGUGUGACGUGCUUCACAGUAAGACACCUCAGAGGAACUGGCAGCGUGCAGAAAACGAUGUGCACUGUACAUCUGAUGCAUACUUCAUCACUCACAGAACAACUUGCUUUACCCUUUUGUUCUUUUACAUUUCAGAACACAUGUUGCUGCUUUGCAGGCUCACUCAUUAUUGAAGGAUAAUUUAAAAUGUGUCGUUUGAGGCCAAUCAUACUGUAUGUGUGCUUCAGGGAUGUACACACUCAGGAGCACAGUUAGGAAUUCUAGGCACAAUGACACUGUGACACUGGACACAGGCUGUGCAACUAUAGGUUGUAUCUGUUAGAGAGCUCUUUACUCUUUAAGCUCACUUAUGAAUCAGGAUCACCACCCUGCACGUGUCUCACUCUUCACUGUAAUGAAGAAAGCAUCACAGUUGGUUACCUAUGGUACAGAGAAUGAUAUCAUAGUGUCAAGGACUGAAACUUCAAACUUAAAGGAAGGGUAUGUUCAUCCUCAGUCCCACACACAUAUGUUCAAACAAUGUUCAAUACACAGGACUCAGAAGCAUGAUAUUGGUUGUGUUGUUUAUUUUAGUUGUCGAAUUCUGUUUUAUUGCACUUACUUUGUUAUGAAUAUAGAAUUCAGUUGUUCAAAUGUAUAUCCUCAGCAGCAAUAAUAAACUGAAUUCAAGCAA